CGCUGGCUCCAGCUCGGCUCAGACAAAAGGCGGCGGCGGGAGCGGGCGGGAGGCGGAGCGGCGCCGCGAGGGCCUCAAGGUGACACCCGCCCCCGGCCCCGGCCCCCCCGGCCCGGCCCCCCCAGCCUGCCCCCCACCCCCAGCCCUCAGCCCAUUACUCCCGGUGCCCUUCCCGGGCCCCCUCCCCCCGGCGGGGGGUGGGGAGCAGCGAGGGCCCCGCCCCCUCCCGUCCUCUCCCCAGGGCCGGCGCAGGAUGCCCUCGGCCCCUGGCAGCCCCCCGGGAGGUCCUGAGCUUGACGCGCCCCCUCUACGCCAUGUCCCCCCCUGGCUCGGCCGCGGGAGAGAGCGCCGCCGGCGGCGGCGGCGGCGGUGGCGGCCUCGGGGUCCCGGAGGAGCUCACGGCGGCGGCGGUAGCUGCGGCGGCGGCGGCGGACGAGGGCCCCGCCCGAGAGGAGCAGCGUCCCAUCCAGCCCUCUUUCACCAAGUCCCUCUGCCGUGAGUCCCACUGGAAGUGCCUCCUGCUCUCGCUGCUCAUGUACGGCUGCCUGGGGGCAGUGGCCUGGUGCCACGUCACCACAGUGACGCGACUCACCUUCAGCAGCGCCUACCAGGGCAACAGCCUCAUGUACCAUGACAGCCCCUGCUCCAACGGCUAUGUCUACAUCCCCCUGGCCUUCCUGCUCAUGUUGUAUGCCGUCUACCUGGUGGAGUGUUGGCACUGCCAAGCCCGCCAUGAGCUGCAGCACCGUGUUGAUGUGAGCAGUGUGCGGGAGCGUGUGGACCGCAUGCAGCAAGCCACGCCCUGCAUCUGGUGGAAGGCCAUCAGCUACCACUAUGUCCGCCGCACCCGCCAGGUCACCAGAUACCGCAACGGAGACGCCUAUACCACCACCCAGGUUUACCACGAACGCGUCAACACGCACGUGGCGGAGGCCGAAUUCGACUACGCACGCUGCGGCGUCCGCGACGUGUCCAAGACGCUAGUGGGGCUGGAGGGCGCGCCGGCCACGCGGCUGCGCUUCACCAAGUGCUUCAGUUUCGCCAGCGUGGAGGCCGAGAACGCGUACCUGUGCCAGCGCGCGCGCUUCUUCGCCGAGAACGAGGGCCUGGACGACUACAUGGAGGCACGCGAGGGCAUGCACCUCAAGAACGUGGACUUCCGUGAGUUCAUGGUGGCCUUCCCGGACCCGGCCCGGCCGCCCUGGUAUGCCUGCUCGUCGGCCUUCUGGGCCGCGGCGCUGCUCACGCUGUCGUGGCCGCUGCGCGUGCUGUCCGAGUACCGCACGGCCUACGCGCACUACCACGUGGAGAAGCUCUUCGGCCUGGAGGGCCCGGGCUCGGCUAGCAGCGCGGGCGGCGGCCUCAGCCCCAGCGACGAGCUGCUGCCCCCGCUCACCCACCGCCUGCCGCGGGUCAACACGGUGGACAGCACGGAGCUCGAGUGGCACAUCCGCUCCAACCAGCAGCUGGUGCCCAGCUACUCGGAGGCGGUGCUCAUGGACCUGGCGGGGCUGGGGGCGCGCUGUGGCGGGGCGGGCAGCGGCUACGCGCCCUCAUGCCGCUACGGCGGGGUGGGCGGCCCGGGCGCGGCGGGCGUGGCUCCCUACCGGCGCAGCUGCGAGCACUGCCAGCGCGCCGUCAGCAGCUCGUCCAUCUUCUCGCGCAGCGCCCUGAGCAUCUGCGCCAGCCCGCGGGCCGGCCCGGGGCCUGGCGGGGGCGCGGGCUGCGGGGGCAGCCGCUUCUCGCUCGGCCGCCUCUACGGCUCUCGGCGCAGCUGCCUGUGGCGCAGCCGCAGCGGGAGCGUCAACGAGGCCAGCUGCCCCACGGAGCAGACGCGGCUGUCCAGCCAGGCCAGCAUGGGGGACGACGAGGACGACGACGAGGAGGAGGCCGGGCCACCGCCGCCCUACCACGACGCCCUCUACUUCCCGGUCCUCAUCGUCCACCGGCAGGAGGGGUGUCUGGGCCACAGCCACCGGCCGCUGCACCGCCACGGCUCCUGCGUAGAGACCUCACUGUGACCUCCGGCCACGGAGCGGCCCGCGCCAUCCUCCCGCCUGCCCCUCGCCGGACUGUGCUCCCUGAGCGGCGCAGGGCGAGUCACCACGGCGACUGAGGCCGCGCAGCGGGGAGGGAAGGGGAGGUGAGGGCCGCAAGACAGACCCGGAUGGGGCUGAGACCCCCGCCCUCCCUGUACAUAAAGAGAUCGAUUGGCGGGUGGGGGUCGGCUGCUCUCCGAGAUCCCCCCCUGGCGGAGUCUCUCUUCCAGCCCCAUCCCUGAGUUCCUAAGGGGACACCUCCCUGCGGUCCAGCCCUUCAGCAGAUCUUCUGUUAGCUGGCAACCGUGCUGUGGGCCCCACGUUGGGCCUCCUCUGAAGGGAGAGGCCCUGGCAUGCCGCUGGGAGAUUUAGAGGCUGUGGAGAAGGAAACUUGGGGGUUUCCUUCCUCUGAGGCCUCACUCCCCUGGGGCCUCUCUCUAUGGAGGGGGCGGUGGUUUGGUGACCAGCAGGCUGGAUUCCAGCUAGCUAAUGCAUUCAGUAGGUCUGAGGCUGGAGCCAGGUGUCAGCCCCAAGCCUCCAUCCAACACCGUGGAAAUGUUUCUGCCCUCUUCUUGGCGCUGACCCCAAAGAUUGGGGUUUCCUUUCUGCCGCUUCCUCCGCUGUUGUUUGUCUAACUGGGCCCCCACUCCGGGUGCAGAGAGACUGUGCUCACCGCACAGACGUCACUCACCUCCAGCCUCCUAGCCCUGCAGAGCUGUUGCCAGAGUGCAGGGCGGCGGGGAGUGAUGUGGAGGGCUGUGUACCUCAGUCCUUUCUCUCAACUCCGCAGCCUCCCGCGGCAGCCUCCUCACCUGGGUUCUGGGUGUGUGCUCCCUUUGGAGAGUGUGAGACGCCACCUGGGCGGCACUGUUUAAAGCUGGCCAGGGCCAGUGACUAAGGGGAGAGAGCAUGACACAGACCUGGGUGACAACGGGGACCUCUGGAAGCGGGUGGGAGAGAGGAGAGGGAAGUUGGGGGUAGAGGAAAAGGACCUCCGAAGGUUGGGGGUGUCUUUGGAGGCGGCCCUCGCCUCCCUAAACCUGUGGGAUCGGAGUGUGCUUGUUCCUCAAACACAUCUCUGGGGGGUUGAGGACAUUGCCAUAAUCCCCAGCUGGAGAAAUAACUCAAUUCCAGUGGCAGGGUCAGAGGCAAGAAUUCUCUACAUCUUGCCCGACCCUUCAAUCCUCUCCUAUCCUAUGAGCUUAAGCCCUGCUGUGUGUCCCAGGGUCUUCAAAGGGGCAUCUUGCCACCACCCCAGGGCACUGGCCCCACAUCCUGUUCCUCCAGAGCUCUGACACCGCCUUCUCUCCCUGUGCUUCCCCUGCCACCUCCACCCCGAUGUGCUUCAGUGUGCAUGUCUGUGAACAGCCCUCCUGCCCUCCCGACUCCCCUGGCUAAAUUUCCCCAGCAGAUUUAGUGCCCAGGGAUUGAGCUCACGUUUCAGGGUAGAGAGGAUAACACUUGGGCCACCCGCAUCUCACCCCUGAUGCUUCUUACUUCACCUGAGCCAUCAGAACUCCUCCUUCCCUCCUUCAGCCCCUCUCAUCUUCCUCCAGCCCAGCCAGGCCUACACAACCAACUGUGUGGCCUCCACCUAUGCAACAUCGCCUCUGGCUCCCCUUCCCUUCUUCCUAGGGGGAAUGCAAGGGGCUCAAAUUGUGGGGAUACCACGGCCUGUGGCUUCUAAAGGGUUUAGCUUUACUUUCAGGUAGAGAUGGCUGAGUGAGGAGGGAGAAGAGAGGCUAGACAGAGGGAGGCUUAGGUGGGGAAACAGCUGCCCACCAGAUUUUCCUGGACAGCAGUGCCCACCUGCCUACCAGCACUGAACCUGCCUGGACCACGAGUCUGUACUCCUUGGGGUGCUGGUGUUUGGAGCACCCCUCUUUCCUCUGAAUGGACAUCUGUGAGGUACAGGUGGUGAGCUGCAGCCUCAGGAUCCAGUUCUUAAGCCAGCUGGCACCUGGAUGUCAUGCUCUGUGUGGUGACAGCCUGGCCACCUCAGGGCUCCAAGGAGGGAGGAAUUUGGCUCCUCCUCCCUCAGGCCUGUUCAUGAGAUGGAGCCGGGUCUCAGAAGAGGGGAAGGGGGACCUCUAUUUUUAAUUUUGCCUGUAUUGACCAUUUCUGCCUAGGUCGUCUCACACAGACAGCCUCACCUCCCACACAUGCACAGACUUAGAGAGAAACCAAUUCUUUGGUCUAUUUUCUUGGUGGCUUUAUUGAUUGCCAAGGAAAACGAAAACCAGAAAAUUAAUCUCUAAAAUUAAACUUUACACUGAAUGUUCUUGUUUCUCUAAUUAGAACCUCUGCUAGCAGCUGUGGCUAUACACACACACACACACACACACACACACACUCACACACACACGUUUGCACUCCAGAACUGUCAGAGGGUGUCAGGCACAGACAGACUCUAGGUUGCCCGGACAGGCACACACAUGCAGAAACUCCCAAGCCCCAUUUGGUGCUCUGCUCAGCGCCUGCUUAGGAGUCCCUGGAGAGCAGGCACUCCUGUACUGGGGUUGUAGCCCGUGACCUGCCCUUUAAGGACACGGGUCUGGAGGCUCUGGGCCAAUCAGUCAGCCCAAGGGGGAUAGGGAAUGGCACUCAGCCCGAAUCAGUUAGUCAGCUAGGUGUCUUGUGGCCCUGGGGGCUGAUGUGAUUCCUGUAGGUGUGGCCCCAGGGUGGGCAGCUACAGAGUGAUGGGGACUCAUGGAGGGCACCUGGAAGGCUCCAUGUGUCCUGGGGACAAGGGCUUGUGGGGUGGGCUGGGCCUGGCUGGGGAGAAGACAGGUCUCUGUCAAUUGGGUGCAUCACACUGUGGCCUUUUUGUCGUGGAUUUAAGCGCAAAGAUUGUACAAAUCAAACUGGUGGAUAAUAAAGUUGUGGAUGACUCACUGA